GAUAACAAGCAGAGUGGUUUUCACAACGAAAGCGGUGAUGUUUCGGAGGCAAGUCAAACGGCUGUGAACUGAUUGCCAAAGCACCACGGACGUGAGACAAGACUUUAGUUAUUUUUUUUAGACCUUUAUUGAAUUUACCCAUGUCGCUGUUAAGCUGUAUAGACUUGGACGUUUUGAAUGAACCCACCUCGUUAUCAUUCAGGACCAUAUGUUGAGAAAACCGAGUGGAGAAGAAGAAAAAAAAGAAACGACAGUUUCGGAGGCUGUCUGGAUCCGGAGGACGAAGCGGCUAUAGCUAAUAGUAACACAGCUGUGGAGCCAAGAGGGAUAUUCACACUCCAAGUGACAUCGCCAACAAAUAGGACACGGAACAGAGGAUAAUCUGGCCGAGGAUAACCUUGUCAAUCUCCUGGCGUCGAGAAGAAGAUAAGUUAGUUUGCUUGGUGCGAAGAUAACACCUGACUACGGUGAAUACUGUCAUCUCAAAAUAGAAACGAAACAAAACAAGCUUCCAGCUGCCGUCAAGUGUUUUGAGGAUGAACCACUUAUCGCUCAGCGAGCUAUGUUGCCUGUUCUGCUGUCCACCGUGCCCCAGCAAGAUCGCCUCCAAGCUGGCCUUUCUGCCCCCAGAGCCCACCUACAGCCUCAUGUCUGACGACAGCGGCAGCCGAUGGACAUUGCACCUGUCCGAACGCGCCGACUGGCAGUACACAUCCCGCGAGAAGGACGCCAUCGAGUGUUUCAUGACACGCACGUCAAGAGGGAACCGCAUUGCCUGCAUGUUUGUCCGCUGCUCGCCCAGCGCCCGAUACACUCUAUUAUUCUCCCAUGGAAACGCAGUGGACUUGGGCCAGAUGAGCAGCUUUUACAUUGGCCUGGGUUCACGGAUCAACUGCAACGUGUUCUCCUAUGAUUACUCGGGUUAUGGGGCGAGUUCUGGCAAGCCAUCAGAGAAGAACCUGUAUGCUGAUGUAGAUGCUGCCUGGCAGGCACUCCGGUCACGGUAUGGCAUCCGGCCAGAGAACGUGAUCGUGUACGGCCAGAGCAUUGGCACCGUGCCCUCUGUGGACCUGGCUUCUCGCUAUGAGAGCGCUGCAGUCAUCCUCCACUCCCCGCUCACCUCUGGCAUGAGAGUGGCCUUCCCUGACACCAAGAAGACCUACUGCUUUGACGCCUUCCCAAACAUCGACAAGAUUUCAAAGGUAACGUCACCGGUACUGGUGAUCCACGGCACGGAGGAUGAGGUCAUCGACUUCUCCCACGGCCUGGCGCUGUAUGAACGCUGCCAGCGCCCCGUGGAGCCGCUCUGGGUGGAGGGGGCUGGACACAAUGACGUGGAGCUAUACGGACAAUACCUGGAGAGACUUAAACAGUUUGUCGCACAUGAGCUAGUCAACUUGUAGAAGAGCUAUAUAAGAAUAAAAGAGUGGAGAGGGAAGAAGAGAAGAAAGCAGUGGUUUUCAUGAGCGGUUGGAUGAUGGAGAAGGGGUACAACUUUUCCUUUUUUCUGUGAAGUGAUGCAGGUAGAAGUGGUGUUUCUCUGUGUAGUACUGAAGUUUCGGUGGCAGUCUCCUCUCAUAAUCGAGCACCUCUCCCCCCUUGGAGCUCCAGUUCGGCCAGCCAUGUCAGUACUGUCCACUCCACGUGCUGCAGCUGUGAACUUCCAAGUACCCAUCAUUUUGUUUUGCUUUUAGAUUUUCUUUUAAUUACGUUGAAAAUUGCACAUCGUGUAAAAGUGUGAAUGAAAGAGGAAGCAGACGCGUGCACAGACAACAUACCAUGUGUACAUGCAGCAUAUGAGAGAGUGUGUGAGAGCUUGUGUGUCACGUUUUUGCUGCCUUUUAAGGAGAACAUGGUCCACUGUUAACGGAGAGAUUCAUGAGGCUUUUGAGAAAAAGCCUCACUGCAAACUGGACUCGACCAGAAGUGGACCAGACUCUCCCUUAUCCAACUGAAAUCCAUCUGACUUCGAGGUCAGGUUCAGUCCUACACUCAGCAAUCACCAUUACUUUUUUUGACUACUGUUUAUUAUAUUUUUUUAUAUUAUACAUGAUAUUUGCACGUUAUCAGCUGUCGCUGAAGAACAGUACAAGACAAACUGACUUUAUCUAGCUGUGCCAGUGUUGCCAAAUGUUUAGUAUAAUAUAUAGCAGAGUUGGAUACACAAAUAACUUUGUACUCUGUGCAAAAUACAUCUAGAAAUAUCUCCAAAGCUCUGUAAGCUGUAUUCAGUCUCUACUUCUCUGUUUAGUCUUAAAAUGGUACAGUUUGAUGUUACAAUCUAUAAGAAUAUGAUGCAAGAUGGGGCUGGAUAUCAUUGACCAUUAUAGUGCUGGUUAUUUCCUCUCAUCUUUUGAGAAUAUUUCCUAUGGAGAUAGAUUGGUCUCAUUAUUUUCUUUCACAGGUGGAAAAUCCCUGUGUGAAGUGUAAAUAUAAAACUCCUUCCACAAAUAGAAAAAAGAUUGUAAAACGUUUUUAAUGGAUCUGCAAAUGCAAAAAUAUAUUCCACAAAUGGGGGAAGAAAACCCGGAUUAAAUUACAAUAAUUUAAAAAAUAAAUGAAAAGCAUUUGCAAAUCCAAUUAUUUGUUUGUGACCCAAAGGCAUUAGGGGAUUUUGUUUCCACGCUUGCAGAUUUGCAUUUCAAACACACAAAAUAAACAAAAAUGCCUGUUUGAAACCAGUAAAUGUUCAGAAGCACGGAUGCUUUUCAUCUAUUUGUAAAUUUAUUUAAUGAUUGUGGAUAUGCAGAUCCGUUUUAAAUGUGCAAAAUAUUUUUGUGGGUUUACAAAUCCUUUUUUUGUGUGUUUGUGGAAGGUGUUUUACAUUAACAGAUUACAAAUUUACACACAGAUUGUCAAUCUGUUUACACUGAUAAUAUUGGCACAAAUCUAUCUCCAAAGUUUCUACCAGUUCUUACUUCAAGAUAAACUCAGAAGUAUUGCUGCUGUUAGAUCUGUAUCACUUUGAACUGGAUGUUUUCAGAAGAUUAAAAGGCUGGACAAAAUAUCUGACCCCUCUUUGGAAAUAAGUAUUUGCCUUGAUAUAGUAACUAUUAUGAAACCCAGUGUUGACAGAUUUUUUUCCUGUCUUUGGGUCUGAAGAUAUCAAGUUAAAUAUAUAUGUAGUUGUUAUUAUUAGAAAUCUCUCUUAUGUACCUGAAUCAGAUCUUUAUAGAUGUCUUUUUUUUAUAUCGAUAGAAAAUUAUGUUAACUACUGUGACAGCAGCUAACGGUCUGUGCUCUGAUAUAGACUUAAUACCACUAAUGCCAAUCAGGACUGAAUGGUGAACAUUAUUAACACAGCUGGUGUCACUUCAGUUCAGGAAAUUGUUUAAAAGUGAAAAUGUUAUGUAUUUUUUAAAGUUAUCGAGAAGCAUUCACAUCAGUACAUUUGAGCUUAAAAAAUGAAUGGACGAUGGGUUAUGACAGCAUAAGUGGCUCGGCAUUAAAGGCCUCUAUCAUAGACAGAAUGUUUUGUUUUUGUCUUAACGUUAUAUUUUUGUCUGCAUGGUAUUUCUGGAUCCAUUGUCGUCUGUUGAUUUGCCCUUUU